UGUUGCGUAAACCACGGUAGAACAGUGUAGCGAUAGAACAAGUCCAAUCAUGGAUAUACUUAAAGCAGAAAUUGCGAGAAAAAGGAAGCUUCUCGAAGAGAAAGAGCUUGUCGAUGAAUCAAAGAAAUAUUUCAAACGGGCUGAUCUUGCCAGGAAAGAGGAAGAAGAUUAUUAUAAAAGAUGUGGAUACCAGGUCGAUAAUGUGAAGCCAGCAGGACAGGAGAAGAAAGAGGAGGGGGAGCCCUCCACCUCCACCAAUCCUGUGUUGGAGCUUGAGCUGACAGAGGAGAAGCUACCCAUGACCCUCUCUAGACAGGAGGUGAUCAGACGCCUAAGGGAACGAGGCGAACCUGUGCGGCUGUUCGGAGAGUCCGACUACGACGCCUUCCAGCGGCUGAGGAAAAUCGAGAUUCUCGCCCCCGAAGUGAACAAGGGCUUGAGGAAUGAUCUGAAAGCUGCCAUGGAUAAGAUUGACCAGCAGUACCUGAAUGAAAUCGUGGGAGGCCAGGAGGCGGGGGAGGUGGACACACAGCAUGACCUGAAGGUCCAUGAGGAGAACACCACCAUCGAGGAGCUGGAGGCACUUGGAGAAUCUCUAGGAACAGGCGACGACAACGGUGACAUGGAUGUUAUAAACAAAGUGUUGAAGUUCCUUCUGGGUGUGUGGGCCAAGGACCUGAACGGUCGAGAGGACCACGUGAAGCGGAGCGUGCAGGGCAAACUGGCCAGCGCCACCCAAAAGCAGACCGAGUCGUACCUCCGACCGCUCUUCAGGAAACUGCGCAAGAAGAGUCUUCCUGCGGACAUCAAAGAAUCGAUCACAGACAUCAUCAAAUACAUGUUGCAAAGAGAGUACGUCAAGGCAAAUGAUGCCUACCUGCAGAUGGCCAUAGGGAACGCCCCCUGGCCCAUCGGUGUCACCAUGGUGGGUAUCCACGCCCGUACCGGGCGAGAAAAGAUCUUCUCCAAACACGUCGCCCACGUCCUCAACGACGAGACCCAGAGGAAGUACAUCCAGGGAUUGAAGAGAUUGAUGACCAUCUGCCAGAAGCACUUCCCCACUGACCCCUCCAAAUGCGUGGAGUACAAUGCCCUCUGAUAACACGCAUCCAAUCGCCUGUCCCCCUGUAUGUGACAUCACAAUGACCUGUGUCCAGUCAUAUUCACCCUUCUGCACUGCAGUUUUAUGUCAGUGUAAGGGAAGUUUUUCUGGACAAUGCCCCGAUGAUUUUUUUGUAUAUAAACUUGUGAACCUCUUAUGUAAAGUAUGGGCCAGUGGUGCUGCCUUUAUUCUUAUUUUCCUGAGUUUGAAUUCUGGGAUACAAACGGAAAUGCUCCUUUUGUACAUGGUGCAUGGGUGGACGUUUGUAUUGUUUUUAAUUAUGUAGUGUGAAACAUGUUUGAUGCAUUUUCUUCUUAAACCAGGACGUGUAAGUUAUAUUAUACAGUAUCUGGCCCCCUGAUGUAUACAGAUGUAAUAUUGAGCCCACAUAGUAAGUCUGAAUUGCUUGUCACAGUCAAACACCAGCAUACGCUUAACAUUGUUGAAACAUAAACCCACGUUCCUUUUUUAUUUAGAAAUGGUGAGGGCUGGAGAGAAUAGGCUCUGCUUAUUCAGUGCUGUAGAGCUGUAUUUCUGAAGCAGUAAAUGUCUGACCACAGUGAGGUGAUUCUGUCUGACUGUCUGCUGCUCUGUGGACUCGCCGGGAGAUAUUUCCUCCUUUCUGUCAGCAAGUAAGAGUGUGUG